CCAAGAAAGAAAGAAAACAUCCGAGCCGAAGGUCCAGCGCGGCGGCGGCGGGAGCGAGCCUCGGUCGAACCCUACCACCCCCCGCCGCGCCUGCCCACCACGCGUCUCCCCUUCCCGGAAUCCCCGGCCGUCUAUAUAAAGCCCGCCCACCCCCUCCGCCCCACCGCUCCCUAGCACCCAUUCUCUCUUCCCCCUCUCCGAUCCGCCCGCUCCGCGGCCAUGCCUCCGCUCGCGAGCUCCCUCCUCUCCCGCUCCGCCGCGGGGCCCGUCUCCUCCGCCCGCGUCACCGCCGCCGCCGCGGUAGCCGCGGUCUCCAAGCCCGUCGCUGCCUCGGAGCCGGCCGCCUCCCCGCCUGUUACUCCUACUCCUACGGCAGGUACGAGCUCGAGCCCGCGGUCGCCGUUCGCGUCGGGCCUCGCGGGCCGUCUCUUCGGCGGCCGCCGCGCCGCUGCCCGCUCCUCGUCCUCCGCCGCCGCCGUCUUCGAGCGCCGAUUCGCCUCCGCGGCCACGAAGAACUCGUACGAUGAAAUCCUCACGAGCCUCGCCAAGCCGGGAGGGGGAGCGGACUUCGGGAAGUACUACAGCCUACCGCGGCUCGCCGAUCCGCGCAUUGAUCGGCUCCCCUACUCGAUAAGGAUUCUUCUCGAGUCAGCAAUCAGAAACUGUGAUGAGUUCCAGGUCACCGGGAAGGAUGUUGAGAAGAUCCUAGACUGGGAGAACAGCGCAACGAAGCAAGUCGAAAUCCCGUUCAAGCCAGCCCGUGUCCUCCUCCAGGAUUUCACUGGUGUACCGGCAGUUGUUGAUCUUGCUUGUAUGCGGGAUGCUAUGAGUAAACUUGGCAGCGACCCGAACAAAAUUAAUCCUCUGGUACCUGUCGAUCUUGUUAUUGAUCAUUCAGUCCAAGUCGAUGUGGCAAGAUCGCAAAAUGCUGUACAGGCAAAUAUGGAGCUUGAGUUCAGUCGUAACAAGGAGCGGUUUGGGUUUCUGAAAUGGGGUUCCACUGCAUUCAAUAACAUGCUUGUUGUUCCACCUGGAUCUGGAAUUGUCCACCAGGUGAAUCUUGAAUAUCUGGCCAGGGUCGUAUUUAACAAUGGUGGGAUCCUUUACCCUGAUAGUGUUGUCGGCACUGACUCUCACACAACUAUGAUAGAUGGUCUCGGUGUUGCUGGAUGGGGAGUUGGCGGUAUAGAGGCAGAAGCUACAAUGCUUGGCCAGCCAAUGAGCAUGGUCUUGCCUGGAGUUGUCGGUUUCAAGUUAACAGGGAAGUUGAAGAAUGGAGUUACAGCCACAGAUUUGGUUCUAACAGUGACUCAAAUGCUUCGGAAACAUGGUGUUGUUGGAAAGUUUGUUGAAUUUUAUGGGGGUGGUAUGAGUGAACUAUCACUGGCUGAUAGGGCUACUAUUGCAAACAUGUCACCUGAAUAUGGUGCAACUAUGGGUUUCUUUCCAGUUGAUGCAAAGACAUUGGACUACUUGAAGCUAACUGGCAGAAGCGACGAUACUGUGGCCAUGAUAGAGACUUACCUGCGCGCCAACAAUAUGUUCGUUGACUACAACCAGGUUCAAGCCGAAAGAGUGUAUUCCUCUUAUCUGGAACUUAACUUGGAAGAGGUAGAGCCAUGUCUGUCAGGACCAAAACGGCCUCAUGAUCGAGUUACAUUGAAGAACAUGAAGUCAGAUUGGCUCUCUUGCCUCGACAAUGAUGUAGGAUUCAAGGGUUUUGCUGUCCCCAAGGAAUCACAGGGUAAAGUUGCUGACUUUUCGUUCCAUGGGACGCCAGCAAAGAUAAAGCAUGGUGAUGUUGUAAUUGCGGCUAUCACCAGUUGCACUAACACAUCAAAUCCUAAUGUAAUGCUGGGAGCUGCUUUGGUUGCCAAAAAGGCUUGUGAACUUGGCCUCGAGGUAAAACCAUGGAUUAAGACAAGCCUUGCGCCAGGUUCUGGUGUUGUCAAGAAGUACUUGGACAAGAGUGGUCUGCAGAAAUAUCUAGACCAGCUCGGCUUCAAUAUUGUGGGCUAUGGUUGUACAACCUGCAUUGGAAACUCCGGAGAUCUUGAUGAAUCCGUGGCUGCUGCAAUUUCUGAAAAUGAUGUUGUCGCUGCUGCUGUGUUGUCCGGAAAUAGGAAUUUUGAGGGACGUGUACAUGCAUUAACCAGAGCAAAUUAUCUUGCUUCUCCUCCAUUGGUUGUUGCCUAUGCCCUCGCUGGCACGGUUAAUAUUGAUUUUGAGAAAGAACCAGUUGGCAUCUCAAAAGAUGGGAAAGAGGUUUACUUCAGGGAUAUUUGGCCUACCACUGAAGAGAUUUCUGAGGUUGUCAAGUCAAGCGUGCUCCCUGACAUGUUUAAGAGCACAUACGAGGCAAUCACCAAAGGAAAUCCUAUGUGGAAUGAGCUGCCAGUAUCUGCAAGCACUCUGUACCCAUGGGAUUCAUCGUCUACAUACAUCCACGAGCCUCCAUAUUUCAAGGAUAUGACAAUGACCCCUCCUGGUGCUAGGCCUGUGAAAGAUGCAUAUUGCCUUCUCAACUUUGGUGACAGUAUUACAACUGAUCACAUUUCCCCUGCCGGAAGCAUCCACCCAGAGAGUCCAGCUGCCAAAUUUCUAUCGGAGCGUAAUGUUGAACGGAAGGACUUCAACUCAUAUGGCAGCCGACGAGGGAACGAUGAGAUCAUGGCUAGGGGUACUUUUGCAAACAUUCGCCUUGUGAACAAAUUCUUGAAGGGAGAGGUUGGACCGAAAACCAUCCAUAUUCCAUCAGGGGAGAAGCUUGCUGUUUUUGAUGCUGCUAUGAAAUACAAGAAUGAAGGGCAUGAUACUAUCAUCCUGGCUGGUGCUGAGUAUGGCAGUGGAAGCUCUAGGGAUUGGGCUGCAAAGGGUCCAAUGCUCCAGGGAGUCAAGGCCGUGAUAGCCAAGAGUUUCGAAAGGAUUCAUCGUAGCAAUCUCGCUGGCAUGGGCAUCAUCCCGCUAUGCUUCAAGGCAGGGGAGGAUGCCGACACCCUUGGCCUAACUGGCCAUGAACGCUUCACGAUCCAGCUUCCGACCAAUGUGAGUGACAUCAAGCCUGGCCAAGAUGUUACUGUGACAACCGAUGCCGGGAAGUCAUUCACGUGCACACUCCGCUUUGACACUGAGGUGGAGCUCGCAUACUACACCAACGGAGGUAUUCUACCAUACGUCAUCAGGAAGAUCGCCGCCGAACCAUAGAGUGUGUCCACGAGAUGAUUUGCGAUGAGGCGAAUUGUAAUUGUUGUAAACGGUUUGUUUAGCAAAGUCUCAUUUUUGAGGAAUACCCCCUCAAAAUAUCAUCUGAGAAAUCAGUAGAGAACUCAGAAAUUUUGAGCGCGUGAUGACGCUAGAGGAUCAUCGCCUGUUUUCAUUUCAAGGCACGCUGUUAAUAAUAUGUCUCGCAAUUGAGAAGAUGCUUUUGCGUAUUGUAAGUAUAUCUGGAAAAUGAAAACAUCCAAGAAGAAACAAUUGGUGCAAAGUUAUCUCAUUC